UUGGGGGGCCACAGGAGGGGCACGGGGGUGUGAAGGCUGCCCUGCCUGGCGGCCGGGUCCCCGUGUCUCCUCCAUGUCUCCGUGUGGGGCAGGCAGUGUCUCCCGAUCAUCAGCAAGUUGGUCUCAAAGCCGCCAAAGAGAAGUGGCCGUGUUCCUGUGUUUGAAGAACAUCCGCACCUUCCUGAAAGUCUGCCAUGAUAAGUUUGGACUCCGAAACAGCGAGCUGUUUGAUCCCUUCGACCUCUUCGAUGUCCGAGACUUUGGGAAGGUCAUCUCUGCCGUGUCCAGACUCUCCCUGCACCACGUGGCCCAGAACAAAGGGAUCAGGCCUUUUCCCUCGGAGGAGACCGCCGAAAACGACGAUGACGUCUACCGCAGCCUGGAGGAGCUGGCAGACGAGCAUGACCUGGGGGAGGACAUCUACGACUGCGUCCCGUGCGACGACGAGGCAGAUGACAUCUACGAGGACAUCAUCAAGGUGGAGGUGCAGCAGCCCAUGAUCAGAUACAUGCAGAAGAUGGGCAUGUCCGAGGACGACAAGAGGAACUGCUGCCUGCUGGAGAUCCAGGAGACCGAGGCCAAGUACUACCGGACGCUGGAGGACAUUGAGAAGAACUACAUGGGCCCGCUGAGGCCGGUGCUGAGCCCGGCGGACAUGACGGCCAUCUUCAUCAACCUGGAGGACCUAAUUAAAGUGCAUCACAGCUUCCUGCGGGCCAUCGACGUGUCCAUGAUGGCCGGGGGCAGCACCCUGGCCAAGGUCUUCCUGGACUUCAAGGAGAGGCUCCUGAUCUACGGCGAGUACUGCAGCCACAUGGAGCACGCCCAGAGCGCGCUGAGCGAACUCCUUGCUGGCCGGGAGGACUUCCGGCAGAAGGUCGAGGAGUGCACGCUGAAGGUCCAGGACGGGAAGUUCAAGCUUCAGGACCUGCUCGUGGUCCCCAUGCAGCGGGUGCUCAAGUACCACCUCCUCCUGAAGGAACUUCUGAGCCAUUCCACCGAUCGGCCCGAGAGGCAGCAGCUCAAAGAAGCCCUGGAAGCCAUGCAGGACUUGGCGAUGUACAUAAACGAAGUCAAGCGAGACAAGGAGACCCUGAAGAAAAUCAGCGAGUUCCAGAGUUGCAUAGAAAACCUGCAAGUGAAACUGGAGGAGUUUGGGAGGCCGAAGAUUGACGGGGAGCUGAAGGUCCGGUCCAUAGUCAACCACACCAAGCAGGACAGGUACCUCUUCCUCUUCGACAAGGUGGUCAUCGUCUGCAAGAGGAGGGGCUACAGCUACGAGCUCAAGGAGGUCAUCGAGCUGCUCUUCCACAAGAUGACCGACGACCCCAUGAACAACAGGGACGUCAAGAAGUGUCACGGGAAGAUGUGGUCCUACGGCUUCUAUUUAAUCCACCUCCAAGGAAAGCAGGGCUUCCAGUUUUUCUGCAAGACGGAAGACAUGAAACGGAAGUGGAUGGAGCAGUUUGAGAUGGCUAUGUCAAACAUCAAGCCGGACAAAGCCAACGCCAACCACCACAGCUUCCAGAUGCACACUUUUGACAAGACCACUAACUGCAAAGCCUGCAGGAUGUUCCUCAGGGGUACCUUCUACCAGGGCUACCUGUGCACCAAGUGCGGGGUCGGGGCGCACAAGGAGUGUCUGGAAGUGACGCCUCCCUGCAGGAUCAGUUCCCCCGCCGACCUGGACGCCUCAGGAGCAGGACCGGGUCCCAAGAUGGUGGCCGUGCAGAAUUACCAUGGCAACCCUGCUCCCCCCGGGAAGCCAGUGCUGACCUUCCAGACGGGCGAUGUGAUCGAGCUGCUGAGGGGCGACCCCGAGUCUCAGUGGUGGGAGGGUCGGCUGGUGCAGACCAGGAAGUCCGGCUACUUUCCCAGCUCCUCCGUGAAGCCCUGCCCCGUGGAUGGAAGGCCGCCCGUCAGCCGGCCGCCCUCCCGGGAGAUCGACUACACGGAAUACCCCUGGUUCGCGGGCAACAUGGAGAGGCAGCAGACGGACAACCUGCUGAAGUCACACGCCAGCGGGACCUACCUGAUCAGGGAGCGGCCGGCCGAGGCGGAGCGCUUUGCCAUAAGCAUCAAGUACGUGGUGGCCCGGGAGUCAGGGGGAGCCCCCCGCUGCCCUGGUGCCACUCUGGACCCCGGAGCCCACGUCCCUCUAGGUCCUGUGCUCGCUGGGUUUGGGAGCGCAGCCGGCCCGGACGCAUGUGAGGACAGCGGGGACGCCACACGGGGUCGGAGGUCCCCGGCUCUAGGGGCAUCAGGGAGAAUGGGAAGGUCACGAGCUGUGGCCUGGUGGCCUCAGCCUUUGUCCCGGUGUCCUGCCCAGCAGCUCCCCCUCGUGUGUCACCUGCCACCGCCCCUUCAGGAGAUGGAGUCGGACUGCUGGCUGGUCACUAUGGGCCUAGGAUGCCCACGAGAUGGGCAUCUUGGGUCAGGCUCCCAACCGCCCGCAGGCCAGCAAAUAGAAGGGUCUGCCUGCUGUGGUGACCCCAAGGUCCCGUCUGCUUCAUCCACCGCCCCCCAGGGUGGCCUGUGUCCAGGGACAGCCUCUCCUGGCCCGGUGGGUGGGGCAGGCCCCCUCUGUCCUGGCUUCCUCUGCAUCUGCACCCAGUGGGGGCCGAGGGCCCCGGGGCCUGAGGUGCCAGCCCUCAAAUGCCAUCAGCCGGCACGCAUGCGUGCGUGUGCAAGAAUGCCCCUCCCCUGCUCUAAAGCCAAGAGCGGACGGUGCGUGGGCACCCCCGCUUAUCAGGGCCGGGGUCCCGCUAUACCGAUGGGGGCUGAAUCUGCCCCAGCCUUUCCAGGGCGCCCACAGAUGCUUGGAGCCCGAAACCAGCAUGCUGGCUCUGGAGGACAGAGGACAAAGACCGGCAUUGGGAGGGACAGAUGUCCAGUGACCCAGGCGGACACGGCCCAGGCAGUCCCCCCCGGUGCCCUGGCCUCCUGGCCCACCUCAGCUUCACUUGGGGGACUGGUCUUCUUGAACCCAGUGAGCCCCCCACUCCUGCUCUCGGCCCAGCACCCCGCCCGGGCGUGUGAGCCACUGUCCCUCUCGCUCGCUGAGAGCUUGCCUCUGGUAGCGGCGGACAGCCGGGGGCCCACCCCCGGGGUGGCGGUGGGAACACACCGGUCGGGCCCCACUGGGCGGGUCCUGGAGGGAGGGGGGCCGGGCCUUGGUUGGGCUCGACUGCUUGGCCUUCUGCCGCCAGAGCCCUCUCCGUGUGCCCUCUCCACCACGGCCACCUGCCCACCGGGACUCCUGGGUCCCCCGCUGGGUGGGUCUGGCCCAGGCGCUCCCUCAGCAUGCAGGCCGGGUCGGCUGAGUGACCACGAGCCAGGUGACUCUCAUGCACUGGGCAGGCGGGGGUGGGGCCCAGGGAGUUGUGGUGGUCGGCGCCCCAGCGCCCCCUCUGAGCCUGCGAUCACACUUGCUGGUUGUGACCCAGUGUGGGUGGCGACCGCUCUGGGUGCCUUCACGGGAGGGUCGCAUGGGCCACGGGCUGCAGGUCUGGGGGGACCAGAGAGGAGUCUGUUCCCUCAGAGCCCGUGUGCUGGACGGCCCUCCUCUCUGGCACAGGGCCAGCCCGCAGGAGGGCCAGGCCUGCCGCCCACCCCCGCCGGCUGCGUGACCCCGUCCGUCUCCCCGACAGUGUUCACACCGCGUGUCAUCGGCACGGCCGUGGCCAGGUACAGCUUUGCUGCCCGGGACAUGCGUGAGCUCUCGCUGCGGGAAGGCGACCUGGUGAAGAUCUACAGCCGCAUCGGCGGGGACCAGGGCUGGUGGAAGGGCGAGGCCAACGGACGGAUCGGCUGGUUUCCGUCAACAUACGUAGAAGAGGAGGGCAUCCAGUGACCACGGCGACGUGGACGGGACUCGUGGGUUUUCUUGGAAGAGUCCAGCUCUGCAGUCUGUCUCCAGCUCUGUGACUCAGAGGGGACAUGCCCGCCGACCUUCCGGUCCUCAGCAGCCCGUGGGGAUGGGAGAGUGUUCAGAGCCCUACGUGGGAACCGGCCCCGGCAGCCUGCUCUUGGCGGCCUGUCCUGGGUGCACUGCUUGUACAUAGAGUGGGGCUGGGCCGCCCCGUCGUGACGGCCGCCCCCAGGGCGCCGAGGGGAGGGAGCCCGGGGCGCCCUGAGCCAGGAUCUGGGCGGCAGCGAAGGCCUCCCUUGGCCCCGGGCCCGUUGAGACCGCAUCGGGGAGCCAAGGUCUGCACGGCGGUGCUCGCCCAGGAAGGACCGGGACGGCAGAGGGGACCCCCCCACAACCCCCCUGCUCAGCCCUGGACACUCAGCCUGCCGCUUCCUGCUGCUCGCUCCCAGGGGGGCGGCCUCGGGCCCAGAGGGUCAGACGGGACCAGAGCUGGGCCGUUUGCUGCAGCCCCUGCUCCGCCCCGGCUGUGCUCAGGUGCAGGGGAAGAGCAUUGCCCUCCUCACGGCCCUGCCCACGGUGUGCAGGCGCCGCCCCGGGGCCGGGGGGCCCCUCUCAGGAGGGAGCCUGAGCCGACAACAAGGGGCCGAGCCUCCUCCCCGUCAACGGUACUGCCCCUGCCCCCAGUCCGUCCUGCUGUCAGGUGGAAUCACCGUUUGUAAACCCUGAUGGGGGUGAGACGGAAACAGAGUUUCCCCCUCGCUCCGUCCCUGCUGCUCGCACUCGUGUCCAGAAGGAGGCCCCCCCGGGUCUCCCGUGCCGAGCGGGGUGGCCCCAGAGGGCCCUCGCAAGUCUUCCUCCCACAGCCCGUGAACUUGGCCUGAGGCCAGCCAGAAAUAAGUGCUCUUGGGGGUGGCCCUACCCCCUGAACUCCCCCCUCCUGACUCCUCCUGGCCUUUGACCUCCGGCUAUCCUGCCCAGACCCUUUUUCUCAGCCUGGACGUUGCGUGAGACCCAGGGGCACCGUGUCCCCUCGAGCUCCGUGCCAAAGCUGCCGGUGAGACCUGGGCUGUGUGCGCCCCUGCCCCCUGCAGAGCUGCAGGGGCCGGGGCCCAGGCAAGGCCGCACGCAGGGCAGGCUACCCCUGCGGCAGGGGGGCGGGGUGCCCGUUGGCACUCUGCACCCCGGGCUUCCUCUGCAGUCAGCCGUGUGGUCUCCGGGCUCGGCUCACAGGCACAGUGUCCGGCCCGGGGAGCAGGCGGGGAGCGGUCGGGGGUCCGGGGUCAGGGAAGAGCGUGGGUGGUCCCAGAGGCUUGAGAUGCGAGUGUGAACAGGAUCGUGUUUGGGGGCAGAGGGGCGAGAGGAGGGAUGCGGAGAGUUGGCCUCGGAGAGAGCAGCCGCGUCCCCACCGGCAGGGCGCACCCGGCACUUUGCACGCAGCCCUCGCUCCCGCGCCGGCCUCGAGCCUGGGGUGGGGGUGGCAGAAGCCAGCGGCCCUUUCGUGUUUACUGUUGUCAGAAAGGUUCCGUUUUUGUUGUGUUGUUUUGUUUUUGGUUUGGCUUGUUUGUUUUUUAAGGGAAAAAACUAAUUAUUUCAUCCAAAGCUCCCGCUGUGUGUCUGUGAAUCGUGAGGAAGGUGUUUUCUAAGAGCAGGAGAGCCAGGUGUGUGUGAGGUCAUCUGAAGCAAGACGGCGACGGCGGAGGACACUGAGAAAACAUAAUGCAGAACGCUGGCUUUUGUGAAUGUUUUGUUUUUCGUUUGUUUGGAAACAUGGUUGACUUGGUUUGGGUUGGGUUGGGUGUGCGCUGCAUGAACCCGGAGGGCGGCGGGCCGGGCGCUGGGCAGCAGGGUGGGGGUUCAUAGGACGCCCUCCGGAGGGACUUUGGACCUGGGGCCUGACGGUAGCUGUGCGCACUUAGGAGCCUGGUGCAUGCGGGUCAGGGGCCUGGGGGUCCCACCGCCGGGGCCGACCCCCAGGGGGGCGCAAACUGUACAUUUGCCAAUAGGUUUUUUCCAGACCACGGUUUUUACUGCAAAUAAACCUAGGUUCUUUUCUGCGGGA